CAAUGUUAUUUGCAUGGGUAGUAUUCACUUUUGAAACAAAAAUUCCCAUUUCAUUGGUAUGAAUACCGGUAUUAUACCCAGUUAUUUCUUCUUUGCUUUGUAGUCUGCAGCUGUGGUGUGCAGUACUGCUGUGCGUGUUUUAGUAAGGUGCACGUAUUUAAAGUAAUAAUAUUUUUGUGUCUUCACCUUGAACUUCUAGUAUACUUUUGUAUAAAGUAUUGUCACCACAAUGGAGCAAGAUGACUGGAACGAACAAUUAUUCAAAGGUAUUAACGGAAGAAAUAACGCUCUUGUUAGGAAAGCUUUAAAUAAACCCAGCGUUAACCCUAAUAAAAUUAACGUUGACGGAUUCACACCUUUGUGUUUAGCAGCAAAAUUAGGACAUGUGAGGAUCGCAGAAGACAUUGUUCAGAAAGGUGGCGAUGUUUGCUUACGUGGGAAAACUCAGAAAACUCCUUUGUCAUGGGCGUGUUCGUUUGGUCAUUUAGACGUCAUUAAAUAUUUACUAGAAAAUGGGGCCGAGGUGAAUGACGUUGACUUGGACGGAACGUCACCAUUAGCAUGUGCUGCAUUUAAAGGAUAUGAUGACAUUAUUCAGCUUCUUCUAAAAAACGGUGCAGAUAUUAAUAAAGUUGAAAACAAAGGUCACUCGCCUUUGACUAAAGCGUUUCUUAAUGAAGAUUUGAAUACCACAAAGUUCUUGGUAUCUAAUGGCGCCGAUAUAAAUCGCGCAGAUCCAGCUGGUUUCACUCCGUUAGAAUACGCAGUUUUUUGGAAAAAAUUUAAAAUUGUCGAGUAUCUUCUCCAAGAAGGAGCUAAUGUUAACAAACCAGAACCGACGAAUAGCUUUCCUUUGGGGCUAGCAGUAAAAACAGGUACUUUAUGUGGUGCUAAAAUGCUGAUUCAUAAAGGAGCGACGUUAAAUGCACGAAACAAAUGUGGAUACAGCGCAGUGGAGGAGGCAAUAUCUACCGGAAUAUUCGAAUUAGUAAAAUAUUUAGUGGAACAAGGCUCUGAUAUUACCGGUAGUGAGCAACAUGAUUUACUACCUUUAACGUUAGCAGCCCAGAAGGGUGAUUUGGAAAUAGUAAAAUAUUUGGUCCUUAAAGGAAGUGAUAUUAAUCAGAUAAGCUCAACCGGAAAUAAUGCUCUGGCGUUUGCUGCAACUGAAGGUCAUUUGGAUAUAGUAGACUAUCUUCUAGAAAAAGGCGCCGCUGUGAAUCAUAACUCGAGACCAGAUGCGCUACUACCAUUGGCGUGUGCUUGCCAAGAGGGCCAUUUAGAUGUCGCCAAGCGUUUACUAGCUGCCGGAGCUAGUGUCAAUCAACCUGAUUCCGAUGGAAAUACCCCAUUAACGAAUGCUGUUUUUUCAAACAGUAUAGAACUCCUUCAAUUCCUCGUCGCUGAAGAUGCAGAUCCUUGUAAAUCCGUCGGUACAGGACAGACUCCUUUAGUCGCAGCAGUGAAAAAGGGAAAUUUGCCUACUGUACAGUACCUUCUAGAAAAUGGAGCGAAGCCAACCAUUCAAACAGCUUUCUUAACGGCGAUAUCUACGGAGAAUUUAGAACUCGUUACUUUCUUGAAAGACCAGGGAGCCCUAGUUAAUUUCACAUAUCCAGAUGGAUGCUCCCCUUUAUCUACAAGCAUUGAGUUGGGACAAAUAGAAAUAGCGAAUUACUUAGUCGAUAAUGGUGCAGAUGUUCAAGUAAUUUUACAGAAUGAAAAUACGUCACGCAUAAUAGCAGCUAUAGAUGAAGAAGAUUUGGAUCUGAUUAAGUUCUUUGUGGAAAUCGGUGUAAACGUAGACGCAACUGGUAAAAGCGGAUGUACACCUUUAACUAAAGCUGUUGAAGAUGAAAAUUUUAGUAUAGUUAAGUAUUUGGUGGAAGAAGGAGCUUGUGUUAAUCUUGAAGACGACAACAAAAGAGUGCCUUUAGCAAUAGCUACUUCUAAUUCUUAUUUUCGUAUAGCAACGUACUUGAUUGACAAUGGAGCGGACGUUAAUCUUGCGAAAGAAGAAAUUGGACAGUACGUGGAGAAUAAUGUAGAUUUUAAUAUUUUUAUGAGGAAGUUUCCGCAAACUACUCCGACCAAAUUUAUAGGUACCGGUCAUGAAGAAACACCAGCUUGACAGUUGUUUUACCUGAAAGUACGUUUAGUUUUUAUUUCUUUUACACAAUCGUUCUGUAGACAAAUAAAGUACAUGCUUUAAUUUAUCUUAUUUGCACUCGAUGUAGUUGUGUAGGUUUACCACAUAUUGUGAUAAGGUGAAAAAACAAACAAUGUUAAACCCA